AUGUCGACCUUCUCGCCUGUUCCUGGCCUGGGAAGCAGCAAGACGGAUGCAACGGUGACUGAGCCUCUGCUGGAGAACGUCGAAGCAUCGCCUGUCCGGCAACAUACCGCUACAGCGGACACUAAGAGCGAUGCAGCACAAGCCUACCCGUUGCAUGCCGCAGCACAGAUGGGAGAUGCCCAGACGAUUCACAGGCUCAUCACCCAGGACGGCUUCGAUCCCAAUUCGCGCGAUGCAGCGAAUGCCACACCUCUGCACUGGGCAGCUAUCAAUAAUGCCUUGUUAGCUUGCAAGGAGCUCCUCAAUGCGGGCGCAGAAGUAGAUGCCCUGGGCGGAGAGCUCAUUGCCACGCCGCUACACUGGGCUGCCAGGAACGGUCAUCUCGACACUGCCCACCUGCUCAUCGUCCAUGGCGCCGAUCCGGCAGUCACUGACUCCCAAGGAUUCGACACGUUCCAUCUAGCAACUCAUUCGUCUGCACCUCUCUUGCUCGCCUACUUGCUCACUCAACAGCUACCAGUAGCAACGGAUGCGACUGAUGGUGAUGGCAGGACAUGUCUUCACUGGGCUUGCUACCAAGGGGAUGCAAUCUCUGUCUCGUUGCUGCUCAUGCACGGCAGUAAUCCAAACGCGAAAGAUCCAUCGGGCAUGAGUGCAUUACAUUGGGCCGUCGUCAAAGGCAAUAUCAACUGUAUUGCCAAGAUCAUCGAAGCAGGCGGAGAUCCACGCGCAAAGAACGAAGAAGGCCUGACGCCAAUGGAGCUCGCACAAAAACUCAAAAGCAUCUUGCCCUGGAACCGGGCGAUGGCUCAGGCUAAGCGCCAGCCAGAUGGAUCGGUCUUACCUCGUCGGUUGAGUGAUAAGCAGACGACGAUUGCCGUCCUGCUCCUGCCAACACCAGUGCUGGGCAUCGCCUUCAAAACGCUCGAUAUCUUGCCAUGGUACACCGGCCUGCCGCUAGCGUUUGCGGAAUUCUUUGCCCUCAACCAUGUCGUCACACGGGUCCUACUGGCUGCGCCACCUAGACAGAACGGCAUGAGCGACGCGACCGCCGCGUCACCAUACCUGUGCGGAGUGCUGGCCGGCAGCCUGUUUUGGGUAGGAGAGACAUGGGUGACCAGGCUAGCAACGCAUACGCCAGGCUAUGCAGUUCACAACCUCGCGUUUGCCAUUGCGUUCAUCGUGUGCACAUACAACUUUGUCAGAGCGAUCUGUCUCGAUGCCGGCAAAUGUGCCAAGCCGCACAAUAAUCUCGAGAUCAAAGAGACUGUCGAAUCACUCACGAAGCAGGGCGCAUUUAAUGGGAUGAACUUUUGCCUGGUUUGCAUGGCUAGGAAACCCCUUCGUUCGAAGCACUGCAAGCUCUGUCAUGCUUGUAUUGCCCGUCAUGACCAUCAUUGUCCAUGGCUAUGGAACUGUGUCGGCGUCAACAACCACCGGCAAUUCGUUCUCUUCGUCUCCAGCAUGAUUGCGGGCGUCAUAUUAUAUGCCUACCUCUCUGUAGCAUACUUUGCAGAGACAAGCCCGUCCUACCAAGCCGGCCCGGAGAAUCUCUGCUAUCUGCCAGAGAGCUUUUGUGCGGCUGCUCAAUUCGAUGGCGUGCUCUUUGCGAGCACAACAUGGGCUUGCAUUCAACUCACGUGGACCUCCAUCGUCCUCGUCGGUCAGCUUUACCAGAUCUGCCGACAGAUGACAACGCUGGAGAUGAGCAACCUGGGCAGAUUCGGGACCAUGGGCGGCAGGGCGGGCUCUAGUCUGGCAGAGCAAAGUAACCAUCCUUCCGUUCUCGCCGCCAAAGCCAGGCAGACACCUUCGGGAGACACAACAGCUGCUGAAACGCUCGCUAGUAUCGACACCGAUGAGAAUGGCUCGACCGCGCUCUCCUCCCUAGACAACCAGCCUGUCACGCCAAGCUACACUCCACGCCACUCGCACGGUUGUGGCUGCUGCAGCUGUAUUGGUCGCAUACUACCCGCUUCCCUUCUCAGCGUCAUCGGUCUCGAUUUAUACACUCGUGGCGGUGCAGCCUCAGGGCUCGUCAAGACGACGCAAUCGCCCAGCAAUCCUUUCGAUCUCGGUCUGAUCAGAAAUUGCACUGAUUUCUGGACUCGUGGUCGGACGCUCGGCGUCGACUAUACCGCUUUGUACGACGUACCACCCGAGGGUUAUCGCUCCGUCCUCAGAAGACGAGCAGACCAAGCUAGCGAAGAUUCAAGAUCUGGCAAAAGAAGCAGCACCAGUCGAAGCACAGGCUAUGAGAUGGUCCGCUCGGAAGACGCAUGA